AUGACAGAAAUCAGUUCACCAGCAAACAUCAAGGAAAAGAUCAAUGCAGUGCGUUCAGUUGUUCCCAACAAAAGCAACAAUGAGAUAGUGCUGGUGUUACAGCAGUUUGAUAACAAUGUAAACAAGGCAGUACAAGCUUUUAUGGAUGGUAGCGCACUUCAAUUUCUAAAAGAAUGGAAUAUGACUGGGAAAAAGAAGAACAGCAAAAGAAAAAGAAGCAAAUCAAAACAACAUCACCGUAACAAAGAUACAAAGGGUAGAGAAGAUGGAACAGAAAAAGUGUCUCUGGAAUCCCAAAAAGUAAAUGACUGCCGGCUGAAUGGCUGUGCUAAAGAUACUUUCCCUGGCAGAUAUGCCAGUGAAAAAUCAAAAAAUCCUCAUGAAGAAAAGAUCUGGGAAUACAAGAACAGGAGAAUGGCAAGACCAGAAAUAGCAGACAAAAAAGAAGAAUCCACAAAAGCGUCUAUAGAGCCAGAACAAAAUAGCAGAGAGCUUCCUGAUCCUUUCAAAUAUUCACCACCACUUCAGUGCAAUGUUGGUAGUACAAAAUCAAAAGUACCAACUACCACUAUUAAAUCACUGCAUGUCCCUGCAUCUGAUCUUGAAAUGAAAGCAGAAGAUUUAAUCCAGAAAAGAGGUCUAAAUAUUGAGAAAUCAGUUAAAGAUCUUCAGCGCUGCACUGUUUCACUGACUCGAUACCGCAUGAUGGUCAAAGAGGAGGUGGAUAAUUCAGUAAAGAAAAUUAAAGCUGCCUUUUCUGAAUUACAUAACUGUAUCAUCGACAAGGAAGUGGUUUUAAUGGCAGAAGUCAACAAGGUUAAACAAGAAGCCAUGGAUAUUUUGACUGCACGUCAGAAAAAAGCUGAAGAAUUAAAGAGACUAACAGAUUUGGCAAGUCAGAUGGCCGAGACUCAGCUGGCUGAAUUGCGAGCUGAAAUUAAGCACUUUGUAAGUGAACGUAAAUAUGAUGAAGAAUUGGGUAGAGCUGCCCGCUUUUCCUGUGACACUGAACAAUUAAAAAUGCAGAUAUUACAGUGUGGAGAAAUUUUCCAUCCAAAAAACAAUUACUCCUCUAGAACACCAUCCAGUAUGUUCCUUCAAUCAGAAAUUUUAAAAUCAGUGACCAGCACGCAAAAUAAAUGUAACCAAAAAUAUUCUAAUCAGAUUCCUGCCAAGACUUCUGAUCAUAAAACAGCAAUAACUAAAGUUUCAAGCCAAGUUCUCCCGGUUACACAAUCAUCUUCUCAUGUAAUUUCUACAAAUAAACAGAAUGUGUCUUCAGGUCCGAGACGAAGAUUUCAUGCACACUACCAUGGCAUUCGAAUCGAUAGUUCUCUCAAGCCCCAAAAUCCUGGUGAUGAGCCUGAUCAGAGCAACCCGAAAAGUCACUCCCGACAUGAAUACCGACGGCAGCACCAUCAUAGCUUUAGGCCCAAAAACAGAGGCAUGGUAAAAACUCAAGAGCAACCAACUCCCAUAAAAAAUCUAGAAAAGGGAGCAUAUCCAGAGAAAAAACAGCAAAAGCAUACUAUUUCAGACCCUACAGAGCCCAGUCCUUUGUGCAGCAAUAUAGCGAGAGGUUCUCCCUGUAAUUUAUGUCCUCCAAGAAUAGAGACUUCUGGAGAGACACCUGUCCUUUCAGUCACGGUGCCAGCUGUGACUUUGGUGGCAUGAUAACAGUAAUCUUAGUUUUUUCACUAAAGGUGCUUCUCCCCUCGUGUACUCUACAAGUACUGAUGAAAUAGCUUGAGAAAAAUAUUACAAUUGUGGUAAACCAAACUUGCUAAAAUGGUCUUAACUUUAUCUUGUUUUCUACAUGGAAAGCUUUGCUCAAUAUACUCAAGAUUAUUUUUUCAUAAUAAUGUAGCUUUAGCCAGCAGUACUUACAGAUCUACUAGACCGAUAUUGAAAAAUAAACUGUAAGAGGAUUACAGAUAAUGUUAAUUACUGCCCAGUUUGUUUUCAGUCAUUCAGUAUUAAAAAAUUAAAAUAUUGGCAUCUCUAGUAGUAUACUGUUAUGUAAAUACAUAACAUUUUUCACACUUCCCAUAUUAGAUAGAAUUCAACAAUUGUAUAUGACAGAUCUCAUAGUUCUGUGUGACCUAAUGUCAUAUUCAGAAAAAUACUCAAGAUCAAUCAUAAUAGUAGAAAAACUAUAUAUUAAUUGUUCCAUGCUAUAAUAUUUGUAAAAUGUCUGUUUUUUUUUCUUUUGAAAUUUAUAUAACUUACACAGUACAGUUUUUCCAAACCUUUCAGUUCUUUUUAAUGACUGAUUAUUUUUGUAGACUAAAAAUUGAAUGUGUUUCAGUCUCAGAUUCCUUUUUUUUUCGGGAGGGGAACUAUUCCUACUUGAGUUCAAGAAGGCAAACUUAACAUUCCCUACUAUUGCAAUAGGCUACUUCAUCUUCCACCAGCCCUCUUGAGCCUCUGAUGCAAUUACUGUGACCAUCUUUGCUGGGAGGGGGAAAGGGGGCAAAUUCACCUUCCUUCCCAUUAGUUAUACUAUCUCCUUAAACAUAAGGAGUCUCACAAAUCCUUAUCAAAUAUCUUAACCAAUAUAAGCAUAUUACCUUUUCUUUCUUCUCACACUGCCAAAAAUGAUGAGGGGAAUUUAGUUUACUUUUAGGAUUUUCAUAGCUAACUUCUAUUCAGCUCUUCAAAAGGAAGACACUGCUCCCAUUCAGUGUCUUCAAAAGGAAAAAUAAGUCACACAUCUCUGGACUUAAAAGAAUUAAAUAUUUCCUUUUAAGAAGUCGCAUUUAUUGAUAGUCAAGUGCCUCUGUUUUACACAGGCUUGUCUUGGCCCAGAAGACCAAAGCCAUCCAUUCAGAUUAAAGAAAGCCUAAAUCUCUAAAAAGUACCUCUGAAUGAGCCUUGAGCACUGUUGCAUAUUUUGUACAAACCUGACCAGCCCACAGCACCGUUACAAACGUCUGUUCACAUUGCUAGGCGAAAUAGUUGUCUAUUUCCAGAGAUAAAGACUUUACCUCCAAUGCUCAUUCUGUUUCUUUAUUACAAGGAGGGGGAAUACUAACUCAGAAUGAUCCUAUGGCUGCUACAAGAUUAAAUACUCAGAAAAGAAUGACACACCUGUCAGAAACUAGCCUUGGUCCUAUAAUGCUUACAGUUACAUGGAACUUAUGAGUGCAGUAAUCCAUUUCCCAUUUACAAACAAGUGCUCAGCAUGCUUUUCAGUUUUCAAGGGUAAUGAGGCCUUGAUACUUCAAUCCUUCCCUGAAUGGGGAAGGAGUUAUAUGGCCAGACAAAUGCCCCCCAAAUGAAA